CAAUUUUUCUCUUUUCAGAUGUCUUUUCAUAUCAAUAGUUCUGAUCCCUAAGAUAUUCACAUUAUUAUCUGCCCUAUAUGACAAAAAAAUAAAAAAAAUCAAAUCAUCACAUAUUUAAGAAGCUGGAACUUUCAAGUGUCCCAUUUUUAAAGUAGUCUCCAGGCUAUAUUCACUGUACAGUUGUAGGAAGUUAAUAUUGUUUUGUUGGACAGGUGCCACGCCUAGCUUUUCACCCAUCCUGCUGUCCUGCCAGAUCUUCUUCUCCCUAAACCCCCUGUCCUGAGCCCGGCCUCUAGUCUCCACCAUGGACAACCUAGAGGAGGACCUGACGUGCUCUGUAUGCUACUCUCUGUUCUCUGAUCCACGAGUCCUGCCGUGCUCACACACCUUCUGUAAGACAUGCCUGGACAACUUGCUCCAGGUGUCUACCAACUAUUCCAUCUGGCGUCCGCUCCGCCUGCCGCUAAAAUGCCCCAACUGUCGCAGCGUGAUGGAGCUGCCCCCAGCGGGCGUGGAUGCCUUGCCCACCAACGUAUCUCUGCGGGCCAUCAUUGAGAAAUACCAGAGGGACAGUGUGCCACGACCCCCUUCCUGUCAGGAGCAUCACAGGCAGCCUCUGAAUAUGUACUGCAUCCAGGAUCGGCAGCUGAUCUGCGGGCUCUGUCUGACUGUCGGGCAGCACCAGGGCCAUCGUAUAGACGACCUGCAGGCAGCUUUCAUCAGAGAGAAACAGACCCCAUCGCGACUGCUGGCCAGAGUCUCUGAGCAGAGAUGGGCACAGGCGUGUGAGCUUGGGGAGCAGCUGGAGCAGGAGAAGGCCCGCUGUGAGGGCCUGGUGAGGCAGGACCGACAGGAAGUCAAUCAGUUUUUUCAGACGCUGGAGGUGGUGCUGGGCAGGAAGAGACAAGCCUACCUGGAGGCUCUGGAUAAAGUUGCUGCAGAGGUGUCACGGGCCUAUGACCCACUCAUCCACAGAGUGAAGGAGCUACAGGAGGAACAGCUGGACCUGGUGUCCUUGGGUUCGUCAGUAGAGGAGGAGGACUCACCGCUGGUCUUCCUGGAGAAGGUGCAUUUGUUCAGAGAGAGGGUGGAGGAGUUUAUUAACACCCCUCUGCCCUCGGUGAUAAACCUCUCCGUCACCCCACGGGCAGCAGAGUACCUUCAGCAGCGCUGGUCUGCUGUGACCAUCGGGAGCCUGGAGGAAGCACCUGUUCCUAAGGUGAGCUGCUGUGCCAGAUGUGGCGGUGCGGAGGCUGAGGCUGAGGCUGGAAGGGAUCAGUCUGACAGAUGGGUGCAGGACCUGUGGUGUGAGCUGCAGCCUACUUCUUCUAUGGUGCUGCUGGGGCUGCUGGUUCUGCUGGCAGUGCUGUGGGCGAACCCGGUUGGAGGGGCGUCGCUCGGCUUCUCUCUGCUGUCUCGGUUCAGUCAGUUAGUCCACGGUCUGAGCAGUGAAGUCAUCACAUCUGUGUGGGACAUUGCGGGGUCGGCAUACACAGCAAUGGAGGCAGCUGUAGAGAGAUGGAGCACGCAGCUCUCCUUAGUCGGGGGAAAGGCUUUCGAGCAUUUGGCCGCCUUACUUAAAACUCUGACAUCCCACUGAAAGAGACCAAACUGAAACCUUAAACCCUCAAAUUUUAUUUAGAGGCUGAGAAAGUCUCACUUCUCCAUUCCUGCAGUACAGGAAAAAAUAUAUCUUUUAACCAGCCACUGCUUACUUUGAUGUAAUUUGACAGUAGAAACAAUUAACAAUCAAAAUCAGUGGAUGUCUGAUUUUACUGGCAGCCUCACAAUGAAACAGCCAGGGUUUCUCUUUAGAUGUCGAACAACACUGAACCUUCUGUGGGGAUAGGUGUUUGAUUUUGUUAAUGCCUCUGAGCACUUUCAGAAAGUUGUCCCGGACAAUUCAGGCAGUGAGUAAACGGAUAACUAGAGACAGAAUGCCGGGUUCUGCAUAAUUGUGACAACAAAAAUAAUUAUCAUUAUAAAAUGGAAUAUAGCAAAAAUGUAACUGAAUAGAGGGCAUAAAGCUAAACAUAAAUUACUUCAUCACAAAUACCUUUAUAAUAAUUUCUAUAAUGUACCUUUAUGUAUUUAACCCUCACAUUUACAUGUAGAUGAGAAAGUUAAUGUGAGAAUGGAGUUUCCCAGAGUUCCUAUGCAGACAGAGGGGAAAAAACCCUGGGAUCUGAGUUGCUCAUUUCCAUAUUUGAGAGCUGCACAGACAUUUUUUUAAAUGCUUUUGCCAAGUACUUAAAAAAAUUAGCUGCAACUAAUGUAGCCGUAAAUCAUUUCAUAUACUGGAUUGUGUUAUUGUCAAGUGUUACGUUCCUCUUUGUAUUACUCUGUCUGUGAUCGUCAUACUGCCUUAAUAUUAAGCAUUUAUCACAUCAAACACUAAUCAAAGCAUUUCAACGCAGAACGUGUUCAGGAUGGAAACCUUAAAUAUUCAGUUUGUGCCUAGUUUUUGCCUUUUAAGUUACCCGUCCCAUCAUGCAAUGGGACAUUUCAGUAGCUUUCCCGUUGUGUCAGGGAGCUCGGGACAUCAGUACAGCAACUCGUGUAUCUCCUUACACAAGACUGUUUACAGUGACUGGAGCAGUUUGUGAAAUUUAGAGCCUGCUGAGUGGAACCAGACACACGGUGGCUCUGACUUAAAGCCUCCACAGAUCAUAUUGCAGUGAUGCUCUGAGUGGCUCCCUCACUGUGCCUAUAACUCGCCCACACUUCAUAGCUUUAUUCUAGUGGACUGGUUAUUUCAUUAGGAACUUUUUUUUUUUUUUUUUUACUAAAAUGGCACAAUGAUAUCGUCUAUUUUAAAAAAUUAUUAUAGCCCUUGGAAAACAGCUUUACCAGCGCUCUUCUUCAUUCUGCAAAUGUUACUUCAUUUUGCUCAAACAGACGUCAGCAGGGUAGAUCCAGUUUCUAACAGAUGUUAUGUUACCCAGACCAAUUGUAGUGUUUGUAUUUUUAUAAACUUUUUCUCAGUUCCUUGUAUUUAAAGAAAAUGUUACAAUAAAUUUGUUCAAAUGCUUUUAAGUUUUUGCAGUAUUCACAGUGUUCAGAGGCCAUCUCUGUGUGAGAUGGGGUACGAGUUAAUUAGUGAUGCAGUGUGUUUCAAUUAACUGAUGGACGCUACAGUUGCCUCUGUCGCGUGAAAUAUAUGGUGUCCAAACAGUCAUGUGUUGUCUGAGCAAAACAUUACCAGUGCACACACAUCAGGCAAGUUGAAAUAACAGAUAAAACUGUUAUUUUAAAAAUAACUUACUGUAAGCUGAUCGUUGGUGCAUCAUCUCUGUAAUUAGUUUUGUUUACUGUCCCUUUUGGCUUGUUCUGUGAUUGGGAUUCUUAAAUUGAAGUACAUGAUUUUAGAAGCCUACAACUUAGACCAAAAUCUAUUAAAAACACUUUUGAGGUCGGAUCUUUCUG